GAUUGGUUUGCGGCGCCGAGCGUGGGUCUGAAGUCAGAAUCAGCUGGUGGAUCUUCAAGUCGACCUGUCAACACUUGUCUCCACGUGCUGGAUAUGGAACUACUAGUUCGAUAUUUGGAUAGAAGUACUUCUGUAAGCUCAACCUCUACUCAAGAUGUGAUCAUGGAGGAGCGGCUCAGAGACGACCUGAGGUUCUACUUCAUGAGUCCAUGUGAGAAGUACCGAGCCAGGAGACACAUUCCCUGGAAGCUGUUGGUGCAGAUCCUGAAAAUCAUCAUGAUCACCACACAACUGGUCCUGUUCGGACUCAACAACCAGUUGGUGGUGUCGUACAAAGAGGAGAACACCAUGACGCUGAAAAACCUCUUCCUGAAGGGAUACAGCGGCGUGGACGAGGACGACUAUUGUGUGGCUGUUUACACUCAACAAGACGUCUACGACAGCCUGUUUUAUGCCGUGGAUCAGUACUGUCAGCUGGAUCAACUCUCCGUCGCCCCCAUCAGUUACGCCGAGGAUGAGAGCGGCCGGUUGCUACCGCUGAACAUCUGUAAGGACCAGUACAGGAAGGGAAGUCUGGCGCCAUCAGAGGAAACUUACGACAUUGACGCGCAGUUGGAAACGGUUUGUGUCUCUCAUGAUCCCAAAACAGCAAAUGCGUGGAAAACCUCCAAUUCCUCCUUUUUUGAUCUGGACUUUUACAGGCUGGUGAACAUCCAAAUGUCCUUCCAGUUAAAGGGCAUCAACCUUCAGACGGUGCGAACCAGGGAGUUGCCCGACUGCUACACCUUCUUUGUCACGAUUACAUUUGACAACCAGGGUCACAGCGGCAAAGUGAAGAUAACCCUGGAUAUAGAUUCUGAGAGCAGCGCCUGUCGAGACUGGAAGAUAUCUGGGACCGCCCAGAAAAAUACCCACUAUCUGCUGGUGUUUGAUGGAUUUGUCAUCCUGGUUUGCCUCACGUCGGCGGUGUUGUGCACGCGCUCCUUAAUCCUGGCCGUCAAGCUGUUGCGGAGGUUCUCCAGGUUCCUUCAGGACAGCUACAACAGUGAAGUGUGCGAGAUCGACCGGGGCGAGUUCUUUAAUGGCUGGUACCUGCUGGUCAUCAUCAGUGACCUCUUGGCCAUCAUUGGAUCCAUUCUAAAGAUGGAGAUCCAAGCGAAGAGUCUUACCAGUUAUGAUGUGUGCAGCAUCUUCCUUGGAACAGCAACGUUGCUGGUUUGGGUGGAAGUAAUCAGGUACUUGGGCUACUUCCAGAAAUACAAUGUUCUGAUUUUAACAAUGAAAGCAGCGUUUCCUAAAGUCCUGCGCUUCUGCUGCUGUGCCGGCAUGAUCUACCUGGGCUACACCUUCUGUGGCUGGAUCGUUUUGGGACCUUACCAUGAGAAGUUUGAGGGUCUGAGUCGUGUGGCGGAGUGUCUGUUCUCGCUGUUGAACGGCGAUGACAUGUUUACCACCUUUGCACAGCUGAAGGACAAGAACAUUUUAGUUUGGCUCUUCAGCCGAGCUUAUCUCUACUCCUUCAUUUCGCUCUUCAUCUACAUGGUGCUGUCGCUCUUCAUUGCGCUCAUCACAGACUCCUACGAGACCAUCAAGAAUUACCAGAAGAAUGGCUUUCCUGUGACUGACCUCCAAAAGUUCCUCAAAGAGCAGAAGGAAGGUCCAGACUUGGAGGCGGGCAGUCAAGCGGGCCUCAGGACCAAAUACUCCCUUUUCACCUGCUGUCAAAGACGAUUAUGCAACACUGCCCACAACACUCCUGCAGCUGGAUGAAUCAAGUCACCGAAGAAAACCUGCAGAAGUCUCCUGUCCGUGAAUGUGGAUGCAAGAGGGAUCCAAGGACUGACCAUUAAAUGCUAGCCAUAAGAUAGAAACACAUCUACAUUGGUCAUUUAUUCAACACAGGUUACUAAUACAUUGAUUAACUUCUGUCAACAGUUGCAUAACGUGCCUACAACUUGCCGCAUAUGCGGGACAUACCCUGACAUACACUGGCAUACGACUUCAGUGUACUACAAAGAUGAGUAACAUACUGUUAACUUAUUCAACGUAAGCCAAUGUAUAAAGCCAAUUCUUCAGGUGUCUCCAUGCCCUGGCUAAAUCGACGUGGUCCGACUGUGCCUUUGCCACACAGAGACAUUGUACUUUUGGCGAUGUCCCUACAUAUAAUGGAAUCUCUGUCAUCAACUGGCUCCACGGUGAAGCGGAGUUCCCUCCACGCCAUGGUUUGGCUCGGGGCUGUGGCGGUCAGGAGGCAAUGAAAUUAGUGGUGGCAGCUCUGCAGACACACCCAGCCAUGGCUGAUUACAGAGAGGCUGAGGUUGUAGCUUGGGAAGCUCCCCUCCACCCUGCAGGCAAGCAUUGCUGCGCUGCCUCCAGAAUAAACAGGCUGCGAUCGACACUCACAUCUGAGCGUGUGGAUCCAGAGCAAACCAGUUACUUUGGCUUCGUUUCUGUUGGUUGUAAGAUUAGAUGUGGUGGUCAUGGCUGAGGCUGUGCGGUAUCAUUCAAACAACUCUCCGCUGCAUAUGUCAGUUUUAUUCAAACACAGAUACUUUGCCUCUGUUUACUGUGCUCAGUUGUUAUUUGCAUCCUCCUUAACUCUGUCCAAUGAUGAUGUCUUCACCAAAGCCGGCUGAGGUUUCUUACAUGCCAGGUUGAAAUGUGCUUUCAGAAGCACAUUUCUGGCUGUUCUUCAGCCAAAACGCUUCUGGCUAAAGAAUUAUUUUACCAAGAUGUUGUUACAGUAAUGUACUUCAGUUAUGAACCCUAUCCAACUUGUUACAUAGGAUUUCAAUUAUAUAUAGUUGCAUUUUACAGCCCUAAAAAUUAUUUUGCCACUUUUUUUUGCUAAUCCAGGCUUGCUACAGUGCACUAUAAUAUAUAUCUGUUUGUCAGAUGUUAAGCAUGUGAGAUCUGAACAUUUAAAAAAUUUAGAAUAUUUUAUUUUUGGGUUUUGCAUAAAUUGUUUUUUUGUCUUCCUCUUCUUUAUCUGCUUUGCCGUGCAAGAUAAUGUUGACAACAUUGAAAUAACUUCUUUCCAUUCCAUGGCUUGCGUCUCAUUUGUAGCUGCAGUAACCAGGACGCACAUUUGGAUUACCAAGUGGCGCUAACCCUUUUUGACAGAUGACUUUCAGUAACGUAUAGUUUAAAUGACAGGUGAAUUAUUACUCAAUGACGGCAAAAUAUUUCUACUAACUGCAUCUGUAAAUUUCAUAGAUAUCAAAGUAUUUCCUGCAACAAAGGUUUCAACAAAAGGUCUGUUUGAGCGCAAAACAAUCCGAGCACAUCAAACAUAGGAUGGUGUUUGACAGGACAUUUGGGUUGGAUCAGGGAAAUAGUUGGGUUGGUUUAUGGUUCAUGGUUUUAUGAGAAACAGGAUAAUUUGGAGAAAAUGUGUGUCUUCCUAGGAAAGACUAUAUUGCGUUAGGAUAUGAAAUUGGCUCUCAUAAGCAGCUUCAAAUUGAUUUUCUGGGCCUGGUCAGUCCAUUACUGUGCCAGUUGGUAGAACAGCUCUGUUAUACUGAGCCUGGCUAAUCCAGAGAGAGGACACUCCAGAGAUUCUUCAGUGUUUCUGAGAUUACUGUUGACCUCUGUGGACUCUCUGCAGAUAAGAAGGUCAUGGCCAUGCAUUUUUCUGACGUUUUAAAGAUGGUCUGGAGAUUUGACCCACUUCUUUUCUGAUGCCAGGAAGUCGUAAACUCCUGCUUCACUCUUAAAAUCAACAUUCAUUCAUUUCAAGUGUGCUCCCCGAGAUCAUGGCUGUGUUAAUGCGAGCACGACUUGUGUGUCUCUGCGUGACAUAUUCUUCUGUGACGACGCUUUUAGUAUUCAGGUCUGGAUUUUAUCUUUGUUGACUGUGUUCAACAACACUGUGACAUGUCUCAUGUCGAGGAUAGCCACACAGUCCACCGCGAGGUUUGCGGGGACAGGCAACUCUUUACUCUUACAUCUUCACUUUGACUACUGUGACACCAGCUCACAUGAGCGUAAGCAACUGGAAGAAGAAGUCUGAGAAAGAAAACAACUUGUGAGCUCCCAUUCUGUUCUCCAAAUUGAAUAUCCUGCCCUGGGAUUGAGAGAUGUUUCAUGAUGUAUGUAUCCUGCUGGAGUAAAGUUAAUUUGUAACAGAUAGCAUUCGUCCUCUCAUUGGCUAAGUGUUGCAGGAAGCAACUGCUCAUUCAGAAGUGAGUUAUCUUUAUGCGCUAAGAAGGGAGGUAUCUCCCACUCUGGGACUCAAUGUGGAAUCGCCAGUUAUUUACGGAGGAUUUUCUAACGUUGUUAGCUUGGGCGCAUUAGGCCUCUUGGAUUCUGUUCUUGUAGUCGGUAGCCGGUAAAUGCGGAGCAACAUCCUUUUGCCUAGAAUUAGAUCAGUCUCUUUCCCACUGCCUUAAUGGGAUUUUAGAUGAAAUUUCAUCCACAUAGAAUCGACUGAGGAUCUUUCCUCUGUGAUACUUAGUGUAGUCGCCAGAUGAAUCAAGUGUCUUCAUGCCCAUGAUAAACACAAUUAUUGCAGUAAAUGCACUUGUGAAGUCAGUUUAUGUUAUUUACAAGGUUCUUGUAAAUAACUCCUUGUCUCCUUGUUUCAAUGGCUCCUCAUGUCAUAUCAGCACUUUAGGGCAAAGGGGAAUAGAUCCAACAAUUGUCACAGCAUUGAAUUCAGUGUUGAAUGAGAAGGAAAAAGGAAGUGCCAGUUAAACAUCAGCUGGCGGUUUUUGAGAAACAGGUGGAUGGCCGUGAUGCAAUGAAGAAAUUUCAUGUUUAAGUGGAAUUGUAUUAUAGAGAAAGGGAGUGAGGGCUGAAAAAAAGAGUUGAACAAUGUCUCUCUUUUGUGUUCUUGUUAGUUACUUUUCAAAUUUGGUAUCUCUGUAUGGGAAAUGAUGUAAAAAUACGUUCUUUGUAAAUCUAACCCCAAUAAAAAAAGUUUCACUUUCACAAAUAGUGUAUCAGAUUCAAAUCCUCUAUCUUGUAAACUUGUGUUUGGAACUGAGAAAUAGAAACCUUUUAAUCAUGCAGUCGCUUUUUUCCAGCCAAGAUAAAAUGGGAUUUUGUUUAGGGAGUUUUUGGCUUAGCGGUCUCAUUGAUUUUACUACAUCGAUCUCAAACAGCAUACUUGGUUGACUUACAUGCUUUCAUGUCAUUCCAGGGUCCCUGAAAGUGAUGACAUCAUUCUCAUAAGUUGACAGACAGUGCAAAAACAGAGGAAAAAUGAUUGGAAUGACGGAGAUGCUCAGAACUGGAACUGCAUAACACUCGUCUGAUAAAGACUCUGGGUUUGGAGUGUCUGAAAAACAAAUAUGUUUUGAUACAUUUGCCAAAUGACAAUACGAAAGCAUUGACCAUGUGACUCGGGACCAAGAUGAUUGUUGUGAAGUUUACGUGUCCUGUUUGGGCGUGCACAAUUUUGUGUUCAGUAGUUUGUCAACACUUGUGAAAUGUUCUU